GCAAGACGUAACGGCCAUACUACCAUGACGGCCAUAGGAUGAAACGGCCAUACCCCGAAAAGAUGAAACGGCCCUAGUACAAAAACGGCCAUACUUUGAAAAGACGUAUCGUCCAUGGUUUUUUUUUUUUUUUUUUUUAGAUGUUAUAGAUGAAUUAUUUUGAUACUUAUACAUGGUUAUUAUAACUUUUAAAUAAACUAUACUGUUUUUACAUUAUUUUUCAUCUUAAUUUUUGUUAUAUCAUUUGUUUACUCAUUAUAUAUUUAUCGUAAAUGAAUGUGUUUAAUCUAAUAAAAUAUUAAAAUAUCUUAUUGUUUUCUAGAUGAUUGUUUGAUAUCUUGUGUAUAGCAAAUAGAACAAAAUGAAUAAAUAUUAAUGACUAUAUCCGAAUGGGAGACUAAUUUCUGUCAUAAUUAAAACAAUGAGUUCAGUUUUGAAAUAUAAAACAAGGUAAUCAGCUGUAAUCAAGUAAUGAUUAAGUUGGAAAUUUAAGAAGAUUGUUGAUUGCUUAUUAUUACUUCUUUGAUGAACACAAGUAUUAAUUAUGCUUUUGUCAAGAAAUUGUAAAGGAAAUACAAUUCAAGAUCACUAUAAAAACACAACUCCCAAGCUGAGUUCAAGCGGAGUAAAAACAUACAUUUGGUAGUGAAAUUCUUGUAAAAAUACAAGCUGUUUGAGCAGUCUUUUUGAUGUACCGACCUUGCUUUAUAAAAGUAACCAGAAAUGUCGGUGGCACUCAUUUGGGAAAUUGCUGUUGAUCAUGUCGUACCCCUGUGUGCUAUGUGACCAGCAAGUCCGACCAAGACAACAUGCUCUCCAAUGUGAAGAUUGUGAUAAAUGGCAACACAGGCUUUGCAAUACAGGUUUAUCAAUUACUGAUUACCGCCUGAUGGUCAAUGAAGAAGUCGACAUCAUUUUCCACUGUGUAGAAUGUGUCCGCAUACCACAAGAUAUGGAGGUUGAGGCUCCAGAAGUAUUAGAAGCACCACCAUCACCAGCACCACCCUCACCCCCACCAUCGCCAGCACCACCAUCACCCCCACCAUCACCACAACCAGCUUCUCCACAUCCAGCAACACCACCAGCAUCUCCACAACCACUUGACGAUACGCUUCCAGACCACUCUUUUGACAUUACACUUGAGGUAGCAGAAGAAAAUCCAGUUGUUGAGAGUGAUAUUGAAGAUCCAGGGCUGUCCGACUCUUUUGUAGAAGACAUACCGGUAACGUUCGAGGUAGUCGAGAACGGUACAAUGAAAAGAGCCAAGAAGCUAGUCAGCAGUGACGGGUUUUCGUAUACAGUUAAGUCAUCCACUUCCAAGACAGUCAACUGGAGGUGUAGUGUUAGGAACAAGAAGGUGUGGUGCAAAGCCACUGUAAUGCAGAGAGGCCACAACUUCGUCCGGGGUUCAACAGACCACAUCCAUGCCAGUGAUCCAGGGAUCACAAAAAGAACAAAGAUACGAGUUGGGGUUUUAACAGAAGCAUCAAGACAUGCCUACAAGUCAGCCGGUGAUAUUGUAGAUGAGCAGAUGCGUGAGCAUGUUACCGAAGAGGACUUUAACCUUCCAAAGCCAGACAACCUCACCAGAGCUGCCAACAGACUUCGCCAGAAAAUGAGACCUGCAGAACCUAAAGAAAUUGACUUUGAGAUUGACAGAGAGUACCUAGCCUGUGACAACUUUUUAGUAGGCGACCUGACAGUAGACACUGCACGACACGUCAUGUUUUCCUCACCUACACAGCAACAGAUCCUACAGAAAGCUAGACGGUGGUACCUUGACGGCACCUUCAAGGUUGUACGCAAACCUUUCACACAGCUCUUCACUGUACACGCCUUUUUGCAGAAAGAAGAUUCCAUCAAGCAGGUUCCCUUAGUGUUUGUGCUGAUGUCACGCAAAAGGAAGAGAGACUACAAAGCAGUUUUCGAAAGACUGAAGCAGAUAGUACCAGACCUACGUGUGCAAGCCUUCUGUCUGGACUUUGAGUCAGCAGCCUGGUCAGCCAUCAAGACCGUCUUUCCUACAGCCGAGAUAAAGGGGUGUUCAUUUCACUGGUGCCAAGCAGUCAUGCGGAAGGUUGCCAAGUUGGGGUUGAAGACCGCCUAUGACUCCAAGAAGAGUGUCCACCUCUUCAUCAGGAAGUUACUUGCUCUGCCAUACCUGCCAUCUGACCACAUCAGACCAGCUUUUACGGAGAUGCUUCAAACCACUGCAACAGCCUCACCACAGAUCAAGCAGCUGAUGACAUACCUUCAACGUACCUGGUUCAACAACACAGUCUGGACUGUUCAACAGUGGUCUGUCCAUCGGCUCUCAGUGAGGACAAACAAUGAUGUAGAAGGUUGGCAUAGGCGUUUCAAUGGCAAGGCUGCCCACAACCACCUCCAUUUCUACAAGAUUGUGCCAGCCUUUCAACAGGAAGCCAAGACCGUGUCCAUCACACAGCAGCUUGUGAGUGAACAGCAACUCAGUCGUUAUCAACUUGAUGAACAUAUUGCUUGUGCUUAUUAUGUGUAUACUAGUGCUUUGUUAAAAUAG